AACGCAGACCCAACCUACACGGAAGUGCAGAAAGACUAGAUUCAACAAACUAAAACAUCAGCAUUUCUCUCUCUCUCUCUCUCUCUCUCUCUCUCUCUCUCUCAAAAAUGAAAAGCUAAAAUCAUCGAAACCCAUUGAGCUUAAAAGGCCAUGGCUUUUCUUCUGUCCAACCUCAAACCUUCUCUGCUACCCCAAACCAAAUCAAAAUCAAAAGAGAAACCCAUUCAGCAAACGCUUUUAUCAGCAAGAAAUAGCUCCCAAUUCUCCUUCUCUUCUUCACUUUCCACCCUCCAAAGUUCCACUGCACAGGUUGCUCAGGUGAACACCCCAACUACAGGUGCUCAGGACAAGCAUCAUCAACAUCAAAAGGAUGAAUUUUAUGUCAAUCUUGGCCUUGCUGUGAGGACCCUCCGUGAAGACAUGCCCUUGAUCUUCAUCAAAGACAUCAAUUAUGACAUUUAUAGGGAUGAUAUAACAUUCAUGGACCCUUUGAACACAUUUUCUGGUAUUGAAAAAUACAAAUUAAUCUUCUGGGCAUUGAGGUUUCAUGGUAAAAUUUUGUUCCGUGAGAUUUCUUUAGAUGUGUAUCGGAUAUGGCAGCCUUCAGAGAAUAUGAUAUUGAUUAGGUGGAACCUGAGGGGUGUGCCUCGUGUUCCAUGGGAAGCUAAGGGGGAAUUUCAGGGUACUUCAAGGUAUAAAUUGGACAGGAACGGAAAAAUUUAUGAACACAAAGUUGAUAGUCUAGCAUUCAAUUUUCCACAGACCAUGAAACCGGUUUCAGUUUUGGAUUUGGUUACUGCCUGCCCUCCAAGUCCAAAUCCAACAUUUUUGUGGGGUCCUGUGGAUUCCUACUCUUCUUCAUGGAUAGAAUUUUAUCAAGCAGUCAAGGACACAUUGGAUCAUGAUAAGAGGUUGCUACCACAAGAUUCUCUGGCUACAUGUUCAUAGUGACCACUUAGUGAAUUGUUCCAUAGAUGAUGUAUUAUACUAUAGGUUGUAAUAGGUUAGAUAAAAUGAAAUUCGGUCAAUAGCAUAAAAUGGCUUUUCUCAAGGGACAAGGAGAGUGUAGAGAUUAGGCAGGGAUGCAGAAGAGUACAAGUUGUGCAUUCUGAUGAUAGAGGAAAUGAAGCUUCUUAUGAUUGGCAAGUUUAUACAGAUGAAAUGGAUACAUGUGCUAUAAUCAUGACUUCAUAAUCUAGAAUUAUUUUGAAUCCUGUCUUGUUUAUUUCUUCUCAUACAAUUGUUGAACCAUAUGGAUGCAUAUGUUGGAAACAAAUCAAUUAUUAUACUCGGUCAAGCUUCUUGUAACAUAGUUCCACUGUAGUUAAUUCUAUGACCACUUUCUUGACCUUCAGUGACUGUCAAGUUCUAGUGUAAGCGGGAUUUUCUAUACAUGUUACUAAAAUAAAAUGGUUUAUUU